AUGGAACUUUCCCUAAACCAGCCAGCAUCUAACAAAACCAAUGCAAAGAGCAACAACUCUGCAUUUUUCUACUUCGAGUUCUGUCAACUCCCUUCUCUAGCCUUGCUCCUAUUAUUCACAGCCUAUACUGUGGUCUUAAUUGUGGGCCUUUUUGGAAACCUCUCUCUCAUUAUUAUCAUCUUUAAAAAGCAAAGAGAAGCUCAGACUGUCACCAACAUACUGAUUGCCAAUCUCUCCCUCUCUGACAUCUUGGUGUGUCUCAUGUGCAUCCCUUCCACUGUCAUCUACACUUUGAUGGACCAUUGGAUAUUCGGGGAUAUCAUGUGCAAACUCACCUCCUAUGUGCAAAGUGUCUCCAUCUCUGUGUCCAUAUUCUCACUUGUGUUAAUUGCUGUUGAAAGAUAUCAGCUGAUUGUGAACCCCCAUGGCUGGAAGCCCAGUGUAUCUCAUGCCUACUGGGGUAUCAUACUGAUUUGGCUAUUUUCCCUUCUGUUGUCUAUUCCCUUCUUCUUGUCCUACCACCUCACCGAUGAGCCCUUCCACAACCUCUCUCUCCCCACUGACCUCUACACCCAUCGUGUGGCCUGUGUAGAGAACUGGCCCUCCAGAAUGAACCAGCUCCUCCUUACCACCUCCCUGUUUAUGCUCCAGUAUUGGGUCCCUUUGAGCUUCAUCUUCAUCUGCUACCUGAAGAUUGUUAUCUGCCUCCGCAGGAGAAAUAGGAAAGGGGACAGGAAGAGGAAAAGUGAGAGCUGGCUCAGUGAGAACAAGAGGAUCAAUACAAUUUUGAUCUCCAUUGUGGUGACCUUUGGGGCCUGCUGGUUGCCCUUGAACAUCUUCAAUGUCAUCUUCGACUGGUAUCAUGAAGUGCUGAUGAGCUGCCACCAUGACCUGGUAUUUGUAGUUUGCCACUUGGUUGCUAUGGUUUCUACGUGUAUAAACCCCCUCUUUUAUGGCUUUCUCAACAAAAAUUUCCAGAAGGACCUGCUAGUGCUUAUUCACCACUGUUGGUGCUUUGCACCUCAGGAAAGAUAUGAAAAUAUUGCCAUCUCCACUAUGUACACAGAUGAAUCCCAAGGAUCAUUAAGAUUGGCUCAUACAUCAAGAGGUAUAUAA